AUGGAGAGCGUUUUAAAUCCCUCUCCGGCCGGGAGGCUGCGGCAGCUGGUGCCUAGAGACGCUGGUUCCCAACCGGCUGAGCGGGGCCCGGGCUGCGCGCUCCAAUGUUGCCUUUUUAGGCCUGAGCGCUGCAGGACGCCGCCGGGACGGGGGCUGAGGCCGCCGCCAGAGGAACCAUCCCCCAGCCCGGGCGCUGGCACGUCCCCCCGCCCUUGCAGCGGCUGCGUCUCCCGGCGUGCGCUCCCCUCCCAACCCGGCAGCGGGCAAGGAAGGAGCCGGAGGUGGAGCCCGGGGCCGGAGCGGGCCAUGUCCCGCGCGGAGCCGCCGGCGGGGGAGGCUGGGGCGGGCGGGGAGGAGGUGGUGCGGAUCCGGCUGGGGGACAGGUGCUACCCGGUCUGCAAGAGGAAGCUGAUCGAGCAGAGCGACUAUUUCCGCGCCCUGUUCCGCUCGGGCAUGCGGGAGGCAGGGCAGGGGCAGGAGGAGCAGCAGCUGCGCGGGGGGCUCAGCGCCCUGGGGCUGGAGUUGGUGCUGGACUUCAUCAACACCUCGUGCCUGGCCCGGCUGGAGCAGGAGGAGGGUGGGGAGCAGGAGCCCCCUCUGCUGGAGGAGCUGAUCGAGGCCGCCUCCUACCUGCAGGUCACCCCCCUGCUGCGCCUGCUCCUCUCCCGGGUGAGGCUGGGCAACUGCCUGGAGCUGCACCGCCUAGCCCAGGUCUAUGGCCUCCAGGACCUGCAGGACGCCUGCCUGGACUUCAUGGCUGCCCAUUACCAUCAGGUGCUGCGGAGACCUGAGGCCCGUCCCCACCUCCUCCUGCCCAGCGCCCUCCGGCAGCAGCUGAUGGAGAGGCGGAUGAAGGGCACCGCCACCCUCCUGGCUAUUGGAGACUUCAUGGGUGCCUCCUCUCUGGGCCUGGCCCCGCGCCGCCACCUGCAGGAGGAAGCUCCUUGGUCCAUGCUGAGGUACGAUGAGGUGGCCCAGAGGUGGCUGCCCUUGGCCAACAACCUGCCCCUGGAUCUCAUGAAUGUCAGAGGCUACGGGUCGGCGAUGCUGGACAACUACCUGUUUGUCAUCGGGGGCUAUAGGAUCACCAGUCAAGAGAUAUCGGCUGCCCACUGUUAUAACCCCUGCAUAAAUGAAUGGAGUCAGAUAGCUUCAAUGAACCAAAAGAGGUCCAAUUUUAAGCUUUUGGCUGUAAACGGAAAGCUCUAUGCCAUUGGCGGUCAAUCCCUUUCCAAUGUGGAGUGUUACAGCCCAGAGCACGACUGGUGGAAUUUUGUGGCAUCUAUGCCAAACCCGCUUGCAGAAUUUUCAGCUUGUGAAUGCAAGGGCAAAAUUUAUGUUGUUGGGGGAUAUACUACAAGAGACAGGAAUAUGAACAUCUUGCAGUACUGUCCCAUCUCUGACUGCUGGACCAACUUUGAGUUGUGUGAUGUCCACAUUCGCAAACAGCAGAUGCUCUCUGUCGAGGAAACCAUCUACCUGGUAGGGGGUUGUAUUCAUGAACUGGGACCUAACCAAAAAUCUAGCCAAAGUGAGGACAUGUUAACAGUGCAGUCUUACAACACUGCUACCAGAGAAUGGCUCUACCUCAAGGAGAACACGUCCAAAUCAGGUCUCAACUUGACUUGUACUCUCCAUAAUGAUGGGAUCUAUAUAAUGAGCAGAGAUAUUACGCCAUCUACAAGCUUGGAACACCGGAUUUUUCUUAAGUAUAAUAUAUUUUCAGACAGUUGGGAGUCACUUAGACGCUUUCCGGCCUUUGGACAAAACUUGUUGGUCUGCUCUGUAUAUUUGCCCAAUAUGAUAGAAGUGUAA